UUUUUUUUCCGCCAAUGUUUAUCUCACCUGCUGCGCCCGUUGUCAUCGAUACCUUUUUUUCCCCAAAGCGGCCGAACCAGUUUGGAUGAUUCUAUCGUACAUUUAGUGGAUAGUUGGCGUCUGGGCACAAGAAAAGUCUGCAUUCGACACAUCUGCCCAGCGCGCAUCCACCGAAAUGUAGAGCAGAUACCGAAACGAUGUCGAAGCACCGCAGGCUAAACAGACAGACGGCAGUCGGGAGAAGAAUGUAACAAAUCUCGAGCAAGGGACGCGAGCAAGCUCUGCCGAUUUGCUGCAAAUGACGUUUUGAGUAUGAGAACCAAAAUGGCCGCCCGCAUUCCCGAGCACGUGAAGUGUCUUUGAUGAAGCCAAGCGAAAAGUUGCUGCAGGAGAUUCCUCGAUUCCGCAAAGAAAAUCGCCCGCCUUCCUCCCACAAAAGCGUCCCGUCAUGCCGAUCCUCAAGCAGCUGGUCCACUCCAACCAGUCAAAGCGGCGAUCGCGCGCCGACCUGACGGCGGAGAUGAUCAGCGCUCCUUUGGGAGACUUCCGGCACACCAUGCACGUGGGGCGCGGCGGCGACGCCUUCGGGGACACGUCCUUCCUCAGCACGCGUUCGGGCGAGGCCCCCGACGCCAAGCGCGACUCUCCGGGCUCCAAGCCGUCGCUGCUGGUUCGCACUUUCCGCGGCAGCAAGCGCUCGCACUCCGUCAACCGCGGCGACCGCUACGAGUACCACGCCGCCGCGCCGCCCGCCUCCUCGGCCAACUUUGUGAAGAACGCCAUCUCCCUGCCGUACCUCAACGACCACGAGGGCGCCGGCAGAAGCCAGGGGACGGGCGUGUCGUCGGCCAGCAGGCCGGCGGCCAUCGCCACCUUCGGCGCUGACUUUGACGAGCGCAGCUUCGGCGACCUCGCCGAGCUGCCGCCGCCGCAGCCCAAAGCCGGCGGCGGGCUGAAGCACGCCGAAUCCAUGAUGUCCUUCCACGUGGACCUCGGACCCUCCAUGCUGGGCGACAUCCUGAGCGUGAUGGAGAAGAAAGACUUUGAGGACGACGACCUGGGCUACGAGGAAGGCAAGGGCAGCGAGGGCCACGGCUCGCCCGCGCACAUCCCGCUCAUCGACGACCCCGCGCCCGUCGAGGAGCGGCAGCCCCCCGCCAGGCCGCCCCGCAUGAUGAUCUACCAGCAGAAGGUCAUGGUUGCCCCUUACAGCCCCGAGCUUCACCCCAAGAACAACAACAACCACCACCAGCACCUGGACAGCUGCUCGGUGUCCAGCUCCGGUUCCACCACCGAGGAAAAGACGGCGUACCCGCACCACAACGACACGGACAGCGCCAAGUACAGCUCGCCGCGCGGCGACGACGACUUCUCUUACAUGGACGAUGACGACGACGACGAGAUCAGAGUUUAAGAUCGGACGCCCGUCGCCGCCUGAUCCUUCUGCGACACGAUGGGGCCGCGGUUACGGCACCCGCGACUGUCACUCGUCACCUCACCUUGUCCGUCGAGUUUGGGAAAGCCGGAGGCCAUCUUUGAAUGAUCGCAGCAACGCGGUGUUGAAACAGAAAGUGAAAGUUGUGGCCCGGGGAAUGUGUUCCAAAAAAAUCUGAAGGUGGGAUGCUUGGAUCCUGUGUGGACUUUGCCGGUUUCUUCCUCCCACAUCCCCAAAACGUGAACGUUCGCUUCAUUGAAGACGCAAAAAUUGUCCUUUGGUGUGAAAGUGAACAUGAGUGGCUAUUUGUUCAGACGUGCUGACGACCAGGGCGCGCGGUGCACCCAAUCUUUGCCUAAAACCGGCCGACCCCACCGAGGACUGACUCCUAAAACAUACCUACAGGCCAUUCCAUGUUUUGUUUUCGUCUUUAAAAAAAGUUGGGCGUCCAAUUGCACUUAAAAUGGCGGGUCGCAUUGAAAGUACUUUACAGAAUGUAAAAAAGUUCGGGUAUGCAUUUUGGUUUCUGGUCAAGUAGAUGUUAGCUAACGCAAGGAGAAUCGGCCCAAUGGAUGCGGUUGUGACGGUAUUCGGUUCCUGUCAGCACAGGACUAAAAGGACGGAGAGAAAAGAAAACGUCUCGCUGCGAUCGUUCUCUUACUCGCAGAUCAUAUUUUUUAGGUACACCUGCCUGCGUCAUCGUGACAAUAACAUGAAUAAAAAAAAUCGAGACAUUUUGGUCAAAAUAUGAUCCGUUCUCCUAGUUGUGGUUGUAGUUUGCAUUUGACUAAAUAAAACAGAAAAUACUAUGAUAUGACAAAUGUUAAAUUAAUAUUUUAAGUGAAAAAUAUUUUUGGAAACAAAAUAUAUUGCCUAAUUUAUUGACGUUGUACAUUGCACGAUGCUAAUCUAUUUAGUCAUAUGCAUCCUACGGGGCUGUCUUAUUCUAAACUAUGAGUUGGUAUUUUUGCAUUAAUGAUGACAGUUUCGCAUUUAUUAGAUUGAAAAAAAUAUAUAUACAUAUGGAACAUGAAAUGUCAUAGCUCCUAUAAAAAAUGGAAUUAAAAAAAAUACAAUUGCUAUUUUAUCCAACAUAUGAACUACCAGUUCACGAGUUGUAUUUUUCUCGAUGUAGUUUGCAUAUUUGAGAAUAGAAAUAAAAUACGGUUAUUUGCUAAUGUACAUGCUAUAACCAGGAAUUAUUUUUUUUUAAAUGCUACAUUUUUUUUACAGUUAGAAAGAGCUUUUCUCUGAAUCCAGAGUACGGUGCAGGUGUACCUAAUGGUGUCCAGUGUGUUGUACGUUAAGCCAAGUAUAGUUUAAUAAUCACUUUGUCGCGAAAAUAAGCAAGUUAUUUCCUUGCGUUUAUAGAAUUGCUGUUUCAUAUCAGUCAUUUGUAUGCGUAUACUUUUCUGCGGUAAAAGGGCCAAAUUUGAAACAUGAUCAUCAUCCACCGAGCAGUUGUUGUGCCAUCAACGCCGAUGAACAAUUUGAUGCGUGAUCCAGCAGUCUGCUUGUGGAACUGCUGCAAGAAGAAAACAAUGAUGGAAUAUUCCACCACAUUGCUGUGAAAUGCCGUCUGAGCUGCGUGGACUUUAAAUUUUUUUUUCCUUUGCAAAUAAGCUGCAGGGGUGGGUGGGAGGGGGGUCUGUUAAAUAGAAAGAGCUGUAAAAGAAUGUUUUAUUGCCAAGUUUGUGCCAUCUAUUUACUUCUUUGCAGCACAAUAACACUAUUCAACCUUUGUUUUUCAAUAAAAAAAAUACAAAGCUGGUGAAA